CCACACUGCUCUCAAAUCCAGUUUGACUUCUUAAAGACUUAAGGGCGACGGGUAACCGGCUGACCUGGCAACUUUGUACUGAAGAAAAAAGAGAGAGGGGUGGGGGGAGUUGGAGCGUCUCGUGCGGCAGAGCAGGUGUAGGACACAACCAGCCACAAGAGCAGUAAGAUCAUCUGGGAAAUGCGUGUGUUUUGGCGCCGUCGCAUGUCCCCGCUGAAGCUGGUGAUCUUUGGAGGGACCCUUUUCAUGUUGGUGCUGGUGGUUCUCCAGAGAGAUGUGGGCUCUGCUUCUGCUGGGGAUCCCUGGUUGCAAGAUCUGGCAAACAAAAGGGACAAAGUGAUAGUCAUGGUCAAAGAGGCUGUGAACAACAUGGGUUUCCAGAUUGGAGCUCCAGAGCCACCACCGGUACAACAGCAGCCCACAGAGGACACUAAAUGCCCCACUGGCUUUUACACUCAGCGUGAGCUCAAACCCCACCUGGAGAGACCUCCUCAAGACCCCCAAAGCCCUGGGGCAGACGGGAGGGGAUUUCAUAAGGAGCACAUGAGCCCGGAGGAGGAGAAGGAGAAAGAGGAGGGCUUGAAGCGGCAUUGUUUCAACCAGUUUGCCAGUGACCGGAUCUCGCUCAGCCGCAGUCUUGGGGAAGACACAAGGCCUCCGGAGUGUGUGGAGAGAAAGUUUCCUCGCUGCCCUGCUCUGCCCACCACCAGUGUCAUCAUAGUCUUUCACAAUGAGGCUUGGUCCACACUCCUCAGGACGGUCUACAGCGUCCUUCACACAUCUCCUGCUAGCCUCCUUAAAGAGAUCAUAUUGGUUGAUGAUGCCAGUGUAGCAGAGCACCUUAAGAGUCAACUAGAGGACUUUGUGAAACAUCUAAAGAUUGUUCGUGUGGUGAGGCAGCCGGAGAGGAAAGGUCUCAUCACAGCCAGGCUGCUGGGUGCCAGCAUUGCCACAGCUGAAGUUCUCACCUUUCUUGAUGCACACUGUGAGUGUUUCCAUGGUUGGCUAGAACCUCUCUUGGCUCGCAUUGUUGAAGAACCAACUGCAGUGGUUAGCCCAGAAAUCACCACUAUUGACCUCAAUAACUUUAAUUUUAACAAACCUAUUGCCACUAAUCGCGCCUACAACCGCGGUAACUUCGACUGGAGCCUGACGUUUGGCUGGGAAGCCAUCCCCGAAGAGGCAAGGAGGCUGCGCAAGGACGAAACCUACCCUGUAAAAACGCCUACUUUUGCUGGAGGACUCUUUUCAAUCUCAAAGAAGUACUUUGAACAUAUUGGAACAUAUGAUGACAAAAUGGAGAUUUGGGGUGGAGAAAAUGUGGAAAUGUCCUUUAGGGUGUGGCAGUGUGGGGGUCAACUAGAGAUCAUCCCAUGUUCAGUUGUGGGCCACGUCUUCCGCACAAAAAGCCCACAUACCUUCCCCAAGGGCACUGAGGUCAUCACUCGAAACCAGGUGCGCCUCGCUGAGGUCUGGAUGGACGACUACAAGAAGAUCUACUAUCGCCGCAACAAGAACGCUGCAAUUAUGGCACAGGAGAAAAAGUACGGAGACAUUUCUGAUCGUCUGAAGUUGAGGGAAGAUCUUCAUUGCAAGAACUUCUCCUGGUAUCUAAACACAAUCUACCCAGAAAUCUUUGUUCCGGAUUUAACCCCAGAGAAAUUUGGAGCAAUUAAAAACCUAGGAUCUGAUACUUGCUUGGAUGUUGGAGAGAACAACCAGGGAGGUAAACCUGUGAUUAUGUACAUGUGUCACAACAUGGGAGGCAACCAGUACUUUGAGUAUUCGUCUCAUAAGGAGCUGCGUCAUAACAUUGGAAAGCAGCUUUGCCUUCAAGCCUUUGACCAUCCGGAGCAGGUGAGGAUUGAGCUGUGCCAGCUGAAGGGGAAAGGUACCGAUGUGGCACCUCAACAGCAGUGGAUCUUUACAGAGGAAAAUCUUCUGAAGAACCCAAGCAGUGGGAAAUGUUUACAGCUGAAAGGAGGCAAAGUAUACAUGGACUCCUGUAAUUCUGCAGAUAUGCACCAGCAAUGGGCCUUCAGCUGACCUCCCAGUAUAACAGUCAGGUGGCUUUUAGCACUUUGUACCCCUCUCAUUGAAGCUGAUUUGACACUGAUCCAGAAGGAGAUGCUACGGAUCUUUGAGAACUUGGACAUUUAGCGAUGACCAACGAGAAAAGGAAUUUUAGAAAUAAUCAUAUCUGGUGGAAAGCCCCUAAGUUGGGUUGGUUUUAAUUGUUUUUAAAUGUAUUUAUUGGAAAAAAACUUGAGAAGUUUGACCAAGGUGGGGAAUUUUAACUACAAGUAUGAAUUUUGUAUUUCUGGGUGGAAGCCAAGUGCAAAUGUUGACAUGCUUAGACCUUUACACAAUUGUUCUCAUGUUUCUGCCAAUAAUAUUAUUUUUAAUUAUUUUAUUGUUGGGUGAGAUAGUGAAUGUUUAUAUGUGAUGGGUAUGAGUGAGAGAUGUCUGUUUAUUUUUAAUAAAAAUAUUUCUUUGUUUACAAAAAU